CACGAAGAAGACACAGAAGUUUGUGCAACACAUGCUGAAGUUCAAAGGAUGUCUACACCUGGUGUUGAGAAUGCAGGGACCGCGGGUGAAGGGGAGAAUUCUUACUUGUCCUGUUCUUCCUGAAGAUCAUAAUAUGUAUACUGACCGUAUUGUGCAUGUCGCAACUGAGGCUAAAGAAGAGAAUUCCAAUGCUGUUGUUGGUGAACUACAAAAUGGACUGCAAACUGAUCCUGUAAUGAAUGUUGUUGCCGAGUUGAAGGGGGAUACUGAUGAAGAACACAUGUCUGGGGACUGUCCAACUCCCACAGAUCUUUUGAUCUCCCUGAAUGAGGUGGGAGAUGACUCUGCUUUGACACCCCACGCUCCUUUUGCAAACUUGGAUUGGGACCUUGGUGAUGAAGUUGGAACCGGCGGUGUAGACAUGAUGGCCCUCGAAGAAGCUAGCAUGAAAGAAGUGAGGAAGAGAAAGAGGUUGCCAUCAAAGUACAUUUGCAGCCCUUUCAUAGCUCCCGCCGCAAAGAGGCCUAAGGUUGGAGGCACCAUAAGCCGAGCUCUACUACAACAAAGUGAUGAAGAAUGUCAAUCCUUCAAGGCAUGGGUGGAGGAAGAUGAUGAGGUUGAACCGUGCGUAAUUGAGAUAGUUAUCCCAUCAUCUUACCCGACAAAUAGGGUCUUCUUCCGAGAACUGAUUGAUGAAACCGGAUGGCUAAGCAGCCAGGUGAGUCAAUAUAUGGACUAUUUCAUUUUACAAUAUUUAAGAUGAGUGUUUUUUUAGGCUUUGAUAAAAAAAAAAUUUAAGCAUUUGGAUGCACUUGUUCUUCUGUUUCGCGAAUGCAUACAC